AAUUCAACGAUGGAUUUGCGUUGAGCUCGAAAAAUUGUCAUAUUCUCGUCGCCGUUAACCCAGGUGAUAGUCGUUGAUAACGUUUCACACAGUUGGUUCUUUGUAGUAAGUCAUGCUCCACAUUUUGGUACUAUUAGUCAUGACCAUAAUGCCAAUCCUGGCAAAAAAUGAUGUCUUGACAAAAAUUGAGGCUGGAGAAUCGUUUAACGUUCGACUGAGAUUUAUGAAUACGCAAGAUUAUCUCUGUGUGGUGGAAAGUAAUUACUCGGAAGAUGAUAGACGUCGUCGAGUGCUCAGUUUCCCACUGGGGGAAGAAUUAGAGAGAAACACAAUGCUUGACUGGUUGCUGGAACCUGUGCAACAAGGCCAAGAAAAUGCACCUGUAGUUGUCCGCUUCAGCAGUAUUAAACAUCCGGGAGAAUACCUAAUAGCUGGAACAGACGCUUUGACGUUGGACGAGAAUCGACGCAAAGUCUAUACUUGGAAAGAAACGGGAACGGAUUUCAGCGAAUGGGGUGGUCCGCAUGAUUGGCUUCUGCUAGAAAACCAGAUGCCACCUGAGGAUCGUUCUUCGUCCAAUUCGUUUAUUUUACGUAAUAAGAAAUUCAACGAGGAUCUUUACGUCAGCAAAGAGCAAUUUGAACUUAAUCCCAAGUACCGCGCAGUUUAUACCUGGCGUCAAGACAUUAAGAAUGAAAAUUCAGCCAGUGGAGCUUCAAUAAGCGCGUGGGAGAUCAUCAUUCAAAAGGAAAAUCCAUCAUCGUGAACUUGCCCUGCAAUCAUUUCACUUCGUCUUGUUAUAUUUGUAGUUGUUCUCUUCCUCUGUAGUAUAAUGUCUCAGCGAAUCUGUAGAUCACGCAGAGAAAAUAUCUAAUGUGUUUAGUU